AUGGCUCUGGCAAAAUCCAUCACCAUUAUCUCCUCGCCGUAUCAUCUCGGCGUCCGCGACGCUGCCGUCGGCGCUGGACCGACAGCAUUGCUGGCCGCGGGCUUCGCAGAUGCCAUCCAGCAGCAGGGCAUAGCAGUCCGUGUGGUGGAACUUGAAUCUGUUGAAGAAUUCGACGGCGAGAUAGGCCGCUUAUUUGAGCUUUUGCGACGCACAUCCAAGACCGUCACUCAAGUCGUGCAGCAGAACUCGUUCCCCAUUCUGCUGGCGGGUAACUGCUCCACCACCGUCGGCGUCCAGGCGGGCUAUGCGGCUGCCAGGAACAUCGUUCCCUCCUGCGUCUGGUUCGACGCUCACGACGACUUCAACACUCCCGAUGUUCUGGCUAGCGGGUAUCUCGACUCCAUGCCCGUGGCAAUGCUGGCGGGCCUGGGCUGGAAGACGCUUCUAGCCAGCAUUCCUGGCUUCAAGCCGCUGGACCUCCAGCGCCAGCUCGUCCACUGCGGCAUGCGCGAUGUCACGGAGCUCGAGCGCUCGCGCGUCGUGGAGGCUAGAUUUCCGGUCAUAUGGGGCGACACUGAGAAGCAGGUUGAUUUCGAGGGUGAGCUGCACAGACUCCUCAAGGAUAAGAAAUUGGGCGAGACCAUGGUGCACCUUGAUCUUGAUGCUCUCGACACCUCGGUCGGGAAUGUGAACAAGUUCUCUGCUCCCGGUGGCUUAUUGGAAGAUGACUUGGAGAGAUGCUUGAGAAUGAUUCCAUCCGAGUCCAAACCCGUGUCGUUGACUAUUGCAUCCUAUGACCCUUCGUUUGACAAGGAUAGGAGAAUACCGCCGGUGGCCAUCAAUGGAGUCGUGGCUUUCGUCAAAAGCUUGAUUGCUCAGGGGUUCUUGGAGGGCACAUCAGAAACUGCGUCGCGGGCCAUAUAG